AUGUGUGCCAAGUUGCCGCGCGAACUACGGGAUAUUAUUUACGAAUACGCCAUCAAAGAGCGCAUAUUGCACCGCGUGCGCGACUUCCCACAACGCAAAAACGUCGUGCCAUCGAUACAGCGCAUAUACAGUCAAUCCUACGUUGGCGUGGAAGUCGCACGCGAGGCAGCAGAAUACUACUACUCCCAACAGCACAUCAUCGCCAAUAUCCAAACUCUAAGAGAAACCCUCAAUCAAGACGUCUUCCACCUGGGCGUUAAACCCUACAUGCACAUCCGAACACUACAUGUUCGAAUCAACAAUGACAAGAUCAGUGACUGUCUUGUGACUAAGGCAGGAGCAGACGGUCACGGCCGACUCCUUGAGAACGCAACCAUGAAACAAAGUAUAGCACAGGAGAAAAGAAACCUAAAUGAUCUGUACCAGAAGCUCGAAGCGGGCUUUGCUCUUUUUAUGAGAAAGAGAGAGCCUUCGUUGCUGAAGCUCUGCAUCAUCAUCAAGAUGUCUGGAUACAAUGACGAUUACUAUGAAGAAACCCAGGAAGACGUUACUUCCAGGCGGGAUUACGAACGCAGGUUCAUGAAUGUACUGGAGACCAUACGAAAGCCGGUGUAUGACAUGAUACACGCUGGGUGUAAUGUCGAAGUCAAAUUUGAGCCAGAACUGGAUGAAGGCUACGAGGACCGCUAUUGGGGCAAUGGCUCAGACAGUGGCAGCGAAAGUAAAUCGGAUUUUUACUUUGAUGUCUUUUCGCCUUUGACUCUGACGCCGCCAUUGUUCCACCUCAGCAAAGAGGAAUGGGAAAAGGAAAAAGCCACAAACAUCUACCUCCACGGCCGCUACAACCCAAAAGCACAUUACAAAUCGCACAUCCUCCUCCGCUACACGCGCAUCAACAAACACUACCAAAUGGACUUCGCUCGAAAUCUGCAGGAAUACAGAGCGAGAUGGGGCUAUACAUCAUUCGAGAAGCUGUUACAUGUUGGAAGAUAUAUCUAUGGGCCAGAAGAAGCCGGUGACACUAGAAGCGAGGAUUCGGGCGGCUAUUCGAUGCCGUGCUAUACGAACAGCAGUGCGUAUAGUGACAGUGAGCGCCCGGAUGGUUGGACGCAUUGGUCUGAGGAGGAUGAGGAUUAUGAGGAUGGGGAUAUGGGUCGUCAUAGCGACGACAGUUUGGAUGAAUGGGCAAUGGCCCAGAUUGCCUAG